AUGCACUUAGCUACCAUCUUUUCUAUUGAUAAAAUAACAAUUGAAUCCGAUCGAAAACAACAUGGAUGGCGGUCAAUUAUACGCGAAUUCGCUCUCAAUACAUCCGCUCAUGGAAUUCCGGGCAUUGCACGAAGUCAAAGUAUAAAAAAUAGAAUUUUUUGGUCGAUUUCAUUUGUUAUUUUCAGUGGCAUUACAUUGUACUUUGUCAUUCAAACAAUUCGCGAAUAUUUUCAAUAUUCUACACAGACAUCAAUAAAUAUAGUGAGCGAAUGGCCACAAAAUUUUCCAGCAUUUACUAUUUGUAAUGUUGCACGCAUUCGUUAUGAUCAAUUCAUCGUACCUUUUCUCAACUAUACUAAUGAAUUGAAUGUCACUAACACAAAUGAUACAACAUCAUUUUCAUUACUACAAGCUAAAUAUGUUAAUGAAUUUUUUCGAAUGAAAACCAAUCAAAAUGAGUCGUUAAAUAUGUAUUUUUUUCCAUUGAGUUCAAUGCUCAUUAAAUGCGUUUUUAAUAAUAAGAAUUGUUCAGCAUCCGAUUUCACUUCCUUUUCUUCAUCUUCAUAUGGUCUUUGCUAUACAUUGAAUACUAAAUUAAAGAAUAUGACGAAUGUACGUAAAAGUAAUGAAUAUGGUGGAUCUGGUAAACUCGAACUAAGUUUCUAUGUACAUAGUCAUCAAUAUGUACCCUAUAUUGAAGAAGAUAUAGGCAUGAUAGGGAUGGUGCAUGAUAAUACACAAUUUCCUAUGAUUGAAUUUGCUGGUAGGGCAUUGGCCACGGGUUUCAAACAUCGAAUGACAUAUGCAAAGAAGACUAUUUCCUAUUUGCGCGCACCUUAUACAGCAUGUAAUGAUGAAAUACCACCUAUCAUGCAAGCUAUGUUUAAUAAUUAUCCUGAUGUCGAAUAUGUUUACUCAGAAGAUAUAUGUUAUGAUUUGUGCACACAAGUUUACACGUAUUACAUGUGCGGUUGUAUUGAUCCAAAACAAUGGAAUGCUCGUUCAAUUCUUCUACCACAAACUGAAACAAUAAUCGUAGCUCCAUUAUGUAAUAUAUCUGAUACAUGUUAUACUGAAGCGGCCAUUGUUCUGAUGAAUUCAUCAAUUUUACUUGAGGGAUAUUGUUCAUAUUGUUCACAACAAUGUUCAAUUACGGAUUUUAUUGUCAAAUCAUCAAUGUGGAAAGCACCAGUUGAUUGGUUAAUGAAUGAUAUAAAAACUUUUGUCGAAAACUCUAAAAUUCCAUUGCCUACAGAUUGGUCGACUAAUUGGUAUUUACAUAUUCAAUCUAAUUAUCUCUCCAUCGAAUUAGUACACGAAUCAAUUUUAGUCGAAAAUUAUACACAAACACCAUCGAUGGGAUCUAUUGCUGUUCUAUCAGAUGUUGGCGGUCAGACAGGUCUUUGGAUUGGUAUCAGUUUUUUAUCUUUAUUGGAAGUAGCAGAAAUGUUCUAUCGAUUAAUUCGAUAUCAGUAUCACGUGAUUCGAGAAGUCAUAAGAAAAUAUAGAAAGAAAAACUGA